CGCUGAUUUCCGGGAACGCACGACUGGAGAAAAUAUUGUGGAAGUUGCCUUGCUUGAUAGCGGAGGCCGAAAUGGCAUAAAUUUCUCUUUGUCUUCCCCUAGACAAAAAUAUGACCAUGUGUGGUAUUUAGGAGGAUGCCUUGGUAAACCAUUUUGAAGUGUCCCGGCAUGGGAAGUGCAUCGUCCAAGUUUCGCAAACACCUCCAGUCUGGGGAUGAAGUUCAAGCCCUACAGCUGUACAGGAACAAUGGGGAGCUGAGAAAAGCUCUGGACCCCAACUGCUCCUAUGGGGAUUCGCAUCAGCACGAGACUCCCCUCCAUCUAGCGUCAAAGCAUGGGAUGCCCACCUUGUUAAAGACCUUCCUGUUCUCCAAGGGUGGAAACCCAAAUAAGACAAAUGCAAAGAAGGAAACCUGUGUGCACUGUGUGUGCAUGGAAAGUAAUUGGCAGUCAGUCCAUGUGUGUAACAGACGCAUGGAGUGCCUAAAUAGUUUGCUGAAGUGGAGGGGAGCCACACUGUCAGAGGGGCAAGUGGAGAAGAUCGAUUUGGGAGCACAAGAUGAGAAAUUGAACACAGCUUUGCAUUAUGCAGCAGCUUCGGGAUUGGCUCAGUGUGUGGAGACCCUUGUACAGUAUGGGGCUCCACUGUUUACGGAGAAUGAAGACAGCCUUACGCCUUGUGACACUGCUGAGAGAAAUGGACAUGCCCGGAUUGCUCUAUACCUUGAGUCGAAAAUGGUGUUUUCAAAUGAGGAAGAGUCUCUCAAUGAAGAAGACAACGUUUCUAUGCCUCCUAUGGAGGAAUAUUCUGGACUCCGGCCUCAAGACUUGCAAGAAGCAAAGGACCAGUUAUUGGUGGAGACUGCGGACAUGCUCAGUGUGCCUCUUUUCACUGCAGAGGCCUUAUUGCGAAAUCAUGAAUGGUCAAGGGAAACCUUGCUGGAAGCUUGGAUGAUAGACCCCGAGGCAUGCUGUGAGAAAUGUGGCGUGACCCCACCGUCCAGUCUCUUUAGUGACAAGCCACAGGUCCAAGAAAACUUGGCCAGCCCCCUCCCCUCCCCUCUCCAUUCUGCCCCAACCCCCUUGGAUGCUGAGUGCAAUAUCUGUGCAAAUACAUUCCUAAUUGCUGAAGAACCUGUCCAUAUGACUUGCUCACAUCGCUUUUGCAUGGAAUGUUGGGAAAGGUACCUAAAUGUGAAAAUCCAAGAAGGCGAUGCCCACCACAUCACCUGUCCGGCGUACGACUGUUGCAUGCUGGUCCCUGUGGACAUUAUAGAAGGCAUCGUGUCUCGUGACAUGGCUCUACGUUAUCUUCAGUUUGACAUCAAGGCAUUUGUGGACAGUAACCCGGAUAUGAAGUGGUGUCCGUACCCGGGGUGUGGCCGAGCGGUCAAGCUGCCGGAUCUCGACACUGGAGCUGGACACGGCAAGAGAAACAAGAUCCCUUCGGAUACGUCUCGUGGAGUGGACUGUGGUAUCGGCCACUAUUUCUGCUGGGAAUGUCUGGAGGAGUCCCAUGAGCCUUGCAGCUGUGAUAACUGGAUUAAGUGGUCUCAGAAAAUCAUGGAGAUCAAGCCAGAAACAUUGGAUGGCACAGAGCAGGAUACAGAACUGGCAGCAAACUGUUUGUGGUUGGUGACAAACUCUAAGCCAUGUCCUAGCUGCAAGUCGCCCAUUCAGAAAAACGAAGGUUGCAAUCACAUGAAGUGUAGCAAGUGUAAAUAUGACUUCUGCUGGGUGUGCCUGGAGCAAUGGAAGCGCCACAACAGCUCAACGGGCGGCUACUUUAAGUGCAACCGCUACGAGGUGGUCAAAAAGGUGGAGGAGGAGAGCGCUACUCUUGUCUCUGAGGCGGAGAACAAGAACAAGAGAAUGCAGGAGCUGAACAGAUUUGUUCACUACUACACCCGUUUCAAGAAUCACGAGAACAGUUAUAAGUUGGAGGAGCCCCUACUAAAGACGGCCAAAGACAAGAUGAUGAAACUGGCUGAGGCUGUGACAGAGAUAGAAGCAACGGCUCAGGCGGAGACCAAAUUUGUGGAGGAGGCGGUGCAGCAGCUGUUGAAGGCGCGCAGGGUGCUGAAGUGUUCCUACGUCUACGGCUACUACCUCGACGGGCUGGGGGUCAAGAAGAGCGUCUUUGAGACUAUGCAGACGGAGCUGGAGGAGUGCACAGAGAUCCUGUCCCAGAUGGUGAACCGGCUGUACCUCCGCACGCCGCGCAGGAAGAUCAUGGAGCAGGCCAACGUGGUGCAGCGCAAGAGACUCGAGUUCAUCAUGGCCAUUGCGAAGGGCCUGGUGCCCCCAGAGACCCCGCCAGCUGCCCGCAAGGCGAAGAAAAGGAGGAAGCUGAGCGGAGAGGCAGAAGACGAGGAUUUGCAUCGUGCAAUUGUUGCUUCCAUCCAAGAGGUGGACCCUUCCAAUCCGUGGAUCAAAGAUGCUUCGGGUCGACAUACCAAUGUGGCAGCAUUACUGGAGUGGCCGUCGGAUGAGAGCGAAGAGAGUGAGGCCGAGGGUUCUGUCACUAGAGAACUUGGCAAGUGUCACCGGGCCGGUUGCAAUCGUGUGCGUGCCAGGAACCCGAGGACGAAGGAACUUCACAAUCACUGCAGCCGCUGGUGCAUGCUGGUAGAUAAAGACGAGGUGCAGAGGAGAGAAGCCGAAGGCCUCUCGGAGAUUGUCCUAGAUGAGCACAUGGAGCUGCUGAGGGCCUUGGAGAUGUCGCGUCUGCAGUUCCUGAGGGACAGCGGUCUGCUCUGUACUACAGACGACCAAACGGAGCAGCAGGCCAACAAGAGCACCCAAACCUGGGCUUCCCGCCACCGGCAGCGUCCCCGCUCCAACAGUGCAGGCCAGGAGGAGUGGAGCAAGAGGAACAAGACGGGGCUCAGCUCCAUGGAGGAGCUAGGCAUCGAGUUACAGCGCUUCCAGGAGCUCUCCUCGCCCACCGUGCCCAGAGGUGAGAGGGAAGAGCCAGCACGCCGUGGCUCUGCCGGGAAGAGCAGCCGACGUCAUCACCGCAAACUGAGCCAGUCAAGUCGGUUUGACGAGUCCAAGUCCACUGUGGUGUCCCGUGUGCCCAACAAGAGCGUGGAGGACUUGUACUGCAUGGAGCAGACCCUCAAGGCCACCGGACCCGCUGCUCAAGGUCAAGGGAGAAAGUCUCAGUCUCUUACCAUGGCAGAGAGCACCCAGAGUUUCCCCGACUUUAGCGGCGUGUUCAAUUCGCUCUCUGAGAUGUCCUGCGCUUCACCGGCUGUAGCUACCUGUGGCGGGGUGGGUGUGGGUGUGGGUGUCUGUGGUGAGGAGAAGGAAAGAACGUCCGAGUCCAACUGUGCCAGCAAGACUCUAGGCCUCUUUGGCACCAUGUUUGGUGCCAUCAAAGACCUCUCCGUCUCCAACAUCCACGCGAGCGAAGAUGACAAAACGAAAGACUUUCUCAGCAAGGAUUUGGCUUCCAUCUUUGCCGGAUGGGACUUGGAUGAUAUUAGCUCUCCCUCGUGUGAGGUUCACAAUUCUUUGAGCGAGGCAAAACGGCAGAACACCGAGCAGAGCUCAUCGGAGGCCGCGCUCCGACAGGACGUGUCCGGCAAAAGUAACAUCGGGAAAGUUGCCAGCAAAAGUAAUAAGUCGAAGAAAAAAGCUGUGGCAGAAUGUGUCAGAGGGGACAGAGGAGUUUUUCAGGCAGCGGGGUCUUCUAGUUCUGGUGUGCAUACUGCUAGAGAUGACUUUGAUGACAGUGGUCGAACAGUCAGACAAGUGGAUCAGUAUUGCCGGAGGAGGGCGGUGGGUGCCUCCGGGGACAAGUCAUCACAGGUUGGCCCUUCGUUAGGGGAAGCGUCCCUGCUUGAAAUGGCGGAAAAUUUACUGCAGAUGACAGCAGAUGUGCGUUCUCGGAUGUCAGAAGUGGACGAAGGGAUUCGUUUUCUGGGCGUUGGCCAGAACAGUGACACUGUUAGUGGUCUGGGCAGAGAAGAGGGAGCAGGAGCAGGUGGGCGGGGUAGCUUUGGGGAAAAGUACCAAAUAGAGCAGUGUAGUGAGGUCAUAAGUGAAGCGGAGGAGAAUGUCGGGCAAGAGGGGGAUGGAGGUACUGGUGUCGGGGGGCGUGUUGGGACGAGUGAUGAAGACGAAAAGACGGCGCCUUUCUCGUCCCAUCAAAAGCUCGCUUUGAAGAUGGACAACCUGGAGGAUAGUACUGUGGUGACAGAAGAUGAGUCCCAUGUGAAUGCGAGUCUAUCGAGUCCCAGUGUCGGUCAUAGACCAGGGGUGUCCUCAUCUCCGUCGAAUGGAAAUUCUUCCUGCUUGAGGUCAAUCAAAAGAGAAACUGCUGAGGUUGAUCUGCCAACCGUGCAGGUGGGCGGAAGUUGUAAAACGCCAUCUGCUGUUGAGUUGUGUGGAGAUACUGCGGACCUCAUCGUUGAUGAGUUGGCUAUAGGCGGCAGACGAAACAUUUCGCUGGAAGACGGGGAAAGUCCCGGUGCUCGUGCUGCUUGUCUUCCCUGCGAGGAUGCGAAAACUGAAGUCAGUGACGCGGGACUUCAUGAUAGUGCAAUUGAGGAGGACAAAAAUGCCUGUGUGCCGUCGGCAGCGGGCGAGUCAGCUGGGGCACUUUGUGCAGACAACACCAUUGAGUAUUCCCUGGUGAGGAAGAUUUCUUUUGGUGAGUUGUUCGCCUCCAGCUGCUCGGAACUAGCUCCUGACUUGGAGCUCCAAAGUUCAGGUGCGGAGAGGGCUGACGAUGGGGGCAGCGAGGACAGGGGGAGAUGGGGUAACGAGUCUUUCAGUCAACCAACCGGUGGCGGUGGUUUUACUUCAAGUGCCUUGCGUGGAGAAGCCUUAGAGGUAAACGUGUUGGAUGACGUUUGGGAAGAUGCCAGCUCUUCUUUGCCGCAAGACGAGGGUGGUUUGCCUGCGUCCGAGGUGGAUGAGAAGGCUGUGGGUGAUUCUGAUGUUGACUCUGUGUAUGUGUGAUGUGAAGAGAACUUGCUAUGUUAUGCACAAACAUGUGAAUUGUCGAAGCUAAAAGUAGGGUUGUUACUUCAGUUAAUGUUGAAAUCCUGUGAGGAUUUCAUUGAACUUCUUUGAAGUUUGUAAUGUCUUACAGGGAUUUCAACAUUAGAAGACAUCUUGGGAUGCAAGCCAUUGCUUCUCCGACAAAGCUGCUUGAUCACUGUGCAAGCGGCUUAACUAAUAACACAAGAUGCGUAUGAAAUUAAAAACUCCGAUUCAGAUUAGAUAUGGAUGAUUAUGAAAAAAAAA